AUGUUUUCGUCAAAUGGUGCCAAGAAUUUUUUUGCAAUACAAUCUGGUUUGAUAAGUCCUCAAAAAUUUAAUUGUAAAAAUGUAACAGAAAGAUGUCACUCAUUAAAACUUAGCACUAGGCAAGAUGUAGAAGGGUCUUUUACUUCAGGGAUUAACUCACUAGAUAUAGAAAAAUUAGAAAAUAGAUAUUUACUUUCUGGUUGUUCUGAUGGCAGUAUAUAUAUUCACGAUGUUUAUAAUUUAACAGGGCAAAUUCAGUAUACGGCAAAAUGCAUUUGUAAAGUUAUCAAGCAAAAUAAUUACAGUCAUAAGCAUAGUGUUGAAUGUGUUUCCUGGUAUGGAGAUGAUAAUGCUUUAUUCAUAACAAGCGGAAGUGACAAAACAUUAAAAAUAUGGGAUACUCAAAAUUUAAAAUCAAUCGAAAGUUAUUGUCUAAAAGGAAAAAUUUUCCAACAUGAUUGUUCAUCUUUCCCUUCUUCAAACCCUAUUAUAGCCGUCGCUAGUUCUGUUAAUAUUGUGGAAUUAAUAGAUUUGAGAACUGGGAGUUCGACACAUGAAUUGAGGGGACAUAAAAAUUCAGUUUUAACAUGUAAUUGGUCUCCUGUUGAACAGUAUUUACUAGCUACAGGUGGAAUGGAUAAAUCUAUUCUUAUGUGGGAUGUAAGAUCGAGUAAAUCUUUUCUAGCUGCAUUAGAAGACAAAAAUGAUUACAACAAACAUGCUACAGCACAUUCUGGUUAUGUAAAUGGACUGAAAUUUACAGGGGAUGGUCUUUUUUUAAUAUCUUUUGCUACUGAUGAGAAUAUAAAAUUUUGGGAAAUAUUAAAUGGAUCUCUUUUAAAAAAAGAUUAUCCAAAGAUGAAAAAUAAUGUGAAGAGAAAUAUUCAAUUUGCAAUUAGUAAUAAUUGUAAACAUCCCAUUCUUUAUUUACCCUGCGAAGGGGAUAUUUUUGUCAUCGAUUUAUUUUCAGGAACUGAAAUAAAAACCCUCAAUGGUCAUUUUCAUUCUGUUAAUUGUUGUUACUAUCGAGAAUCAUUUCAAGAACUUUACAGUGGAGGAAACGAUAGAAAUGUUUUACUGUGGACAGCUGACGAAUAUGAAAACGAAACCAUGAACUCAAAUGAACAAAAUAAAAUUUUACAUACUAAAUCUAAAACUGCAGACGACUGGAUUAAACUCUUUUUGAAAUUAUUUACGAACAGAAAACUUGCUUAA